UUUUGCUCCGACAGUCUGGUGGAGUUGGGUCACAAAUGGAUCGGGCACAGCUUCUGUUGGUAGGUCUCCCCCUUUUCCUCUUUUGCUCCGACAUCUUCAGACUCUUCUCUCCGGCGCCGGUGAAGCCCGCCGCUCCCCACCACCACCACCUCCACGCCGAUUCGCAGCCACUAAUCCAGCCCCUGGAAUUUCCUACUCAGAAACCAAGUGGGAUUGGUUAUGGAAACACUGUUAGCAUUGACUUCUGUUCAUCUUGUUCUUACAGAGGGACUGCAGUCACAAUGAAGAAUAUGUUAGAAAGUCAGUUUCCCGGGAUCAAUGUUAUACUUGCAAAUUAUCCUCCUCCUCUGCCUAAGCGCAUGUUAAGCAAGGUCGUACCAGUGAUACAAUUUGGUGUGAUUGGCAUUAUAAUGGGUGGUGAGCAUAUUUUUCCAAGGCUAGGAUUUGCUGCACCACCCCAAUGGUACUAUUCCAUGCGUGCAAAUAGAUUUGGGAGCAUGGCAAGUACUUGGCUACUUGGAAACUUCCUUCAGUCCUUCCUGCAAAACUCUGGUGCUUUUGAAGUGUACUGUAAUGGUGAACUGGUGUUCUCCAAACUUAAGGAGAAUAGGUUCCCUGGAGAGAUAGAGUUGAAAGAACUCAUUGCUCGAAGGAUUGUUAAUUCAAGGGUGAUAAUCUGAUUUUUAUCGUUGAUGCUCGUAGGAUUGUUAAUUCAAGAGUGAUCAUCUAGUUUUCAUCGUUGACGGGUCUUAGAAGAGCUAGUAAAGUUAUAACAUGAUAUAACACAAGUUUUAAUCUGUACUCUAUAACUUUUUGGUUUUUUCAUAUGGGAAGAUAUGUGUACAAUUUGGAAUCA